CAGUAGACUUGACAUGUUUCCUCAAUGUAACCACACAGCUGGAUCAGUCUAAGGCUUGGAUAUCAGGAACCAGAGGAACACAAACCAAUCAACAGCCAGCGACGAUGACUAUGGAGAUAAGGAAGGCUCUGGCUCUGCUGACGCUGGUCUCACUGUGUGCUGCUCAGAAAAGGUGGAGCCAGGAAACACUGGAGCAUAGAGACAAAGCAAACAACAAGGUUUGCUCCAACCUGACCCAGGUCCUGGACAACUGGAAAUAUGCUAUUAUGUACCAGGUGAAGGAUCUGCUAGUCAAUGACUAUGCAUCUGUCUUACCUGAAUAUGUCCGGAUACAGCCACUGUCUGAAGCAUUGAGUGAUCUCUACAAGCAGUUCAACACUUUGAAGGAGAACCUGGCAAAACUCACAGAGAAAUUUGACAAGGUGGAGACCUUUGUGGACGAGAUCCAAGCCGGAAAAGUUCCCAAGUCCUCACUAUGGAUGGUUCCACAGCAUUCCAUCAUAAGAGUCGGCGUUCCAUCAGCUCGAACGCCUGUGAGGGCUUCCGUGAGAGUUCCUAACGCAGGACAGUGGGUCCGGAGGGCAAGAGUCAGAAAAGGCCCUGCCUCUUAGUGACUCUAGAAUUUUAAUAAGAAUUUUGAAGCUACAGAAUGGGAACCUAGUGAGAAUAUAAAUAAUUACAGGCAUACUUCACCCAAAAAUGCUAAUGCUGCCAAUAAGGAAUAAUCACUAGGAGCAGGUGGUCAGUACCAUACUUACUGCUUGGUACUAUGCUCACUGGUCAGUACCAUAACUGGCCAGUAUCAUGCUCUCUGGUCAGUACCAUACUCACUGGUCAAUACUAUACUCACUGGUCAAUAAAGUGCUCAGUUUAGUACAAUACUCACUGACUAGUCAGUAUAGUACUCAAUGGUCAGUACCGUGCUUACUGGUCAGUACAGUGGUCAGUGGUCAGGUCCGUACUCACCGGUCAGUGCCAUACUCAUGCCAGACACAGCAGCAGUUUUGGGGUGAUGUAUUUAUUUUUUUAAAAUGCUGGGAGUAAUAGUAAAACUUUACCUACAUUAUCUUCUUUGCAAAAACGAUUCCUAAUCAGCAGUGCUGACAACACUUAUAAUUAAUUAUUUCAUGGCAAUGCUUAAAUUUACUAUGACAUUUAUGUGAAUUGAUGUAACUGCAUCAGUCAUGACUGGUAUAUCAGAUAAAAUGUAGAGUCUU